UAUUGCCUCCUAAUUUGGACAUACAAGUCAAUAUGCUCCUAUAUUUUUUCACCCGUCGCAACAAAACUGAAUAUUACAAUAAAGUAAAAACAUGAACAUUGUAUGCCAUACCAUCUGUUUGGUGUUGACGACCCCGGCCAGUGAGCGAUGACUCUCGGUCAGCGAGGAGGAGGACCGAAGCUGCUGCUGGGUUAAAAAAAAAUAUAUUCAAGGAGGAAGUGAAACGACGAUGGAGAAAUGGAUGACACACAGGACGGGGCCAGCUUGACGCCGAUGGAUGAUAUGUUUGCUUCAACCGGGAUGGCUUAGGAGGAAGCGCAUCCGAAAGCGACACUUUAUUCGCGAUCCUACCGCUUAUAGCAUGUUAGCAUGCCCGUUUGACGUGUCGCGGUUACUUUCCAGGUGUGGCGGGGGGAGUUUUCGUGACGCAAACGUUCGUUUUUGUGUUAAUUACUCGACGACGGGAUAGAACGCGGUCUUAAAAUUGUGGCGAGUUUUGUCAAGACGCUGCUAGCAGCUAGCUAAAAUUGAGUUAAGCUAAUUAGCUGUUGGGACGGUCAUAGAGCUGUCUAUGCAUUGGUGUAAUUAUUAAAAGCGGUUUAAAGGCACUUUUUUGCAUCAUGUGUGCACAGUGGUCCAACUAAUCACUGUUGCCGUUUUCGCAUGGAUGUGAGAAAAUGCUCAUCACUGCAUCCAUUGUACCUGGCCUAAAUUCCUAACAUCUUUAUUGCCAAAAUUGACCACCUAUACUCAAGUAGCUAUGCGCGUUUCGUCGUUUUUGGCCGUGUUCAGGCCUGUUUUACCCCUGAUCCUCGGGCUGUCUCUGGGCUGCAGCCUGAGCCUCCUGAUGGUCUCCUGGACUCAAGGGGACACGGAGGAGUCCUGCAGAGACGAGCUGGGCCACGGGAAUCUUUUCCUGGGCAGGGGAGAUGCUCAGAGGGACUCAAGGGACGCAGGUGGGGAGGAGGACUUUCAGCCACGUAUCGUGCCCUACAACAGGGACCCCAACAAGCUGCACAAGAAAGUACUGAGGACUCGCUAUAUCCACACAGAGCUGGGCAUCAGAGAGCGCCUCCUGGUGGGUGUUCUGACCUCCCGCGCCACCCUCAACACCCUAGCCGUGGCGGUCAACCGCACGGUGGCCCACCACUUCCACCGCACCUUCUUCUUCACGGGCCUGCGCAGCCCCAAGGUGCCGCACGGCAUGGCGGUGGUGGCGCACGGCGACGACCGCCCCGUGUGGCUGAUGUACGAGACGGUGCGCCACCUCCACCAGCACUACGGCGCCGACUACGACUGGUUCCUUCUGGCCCAGGACGACACGUACAUGCAGGCGCAGCGUCUCUCCGAGCUGGUGGGCCACCUGAGCGCGGGCCAGGACGUCUACAUGGGCCGGGCGGAGGAGUUCAUCGGCGGCGAGGAGAAGGCGCGCUACUGCCACGGCGGGUACGGCUACCUGCUGUCCCGCAGCCUGCUGGCGCGUCUGCAGCCGCACCUCGACUCCUGUCGCAACGACAUCCUCAGCGUCAGGCCCGACGAGUGGCUGGGCCGCUGCAUCAUCGACUACCUGGGUCUCAGCUGUGUGGAGGUCCACCAGGAGAUGACGUAUCGUUACUUUGAGCUGGGGAAAAACGCCGACCCGGAACGUGAAGACGGCACACAGUUUAAAAACGCUUUCACCGUCCAUCCGGUGUCGGAGCCCAAUCUGAUGUACCGCCUGCACAAGCGCUUCAGCCAGCUUGAGCUGGAAUGGACCUACAUGCAGAUACAGGAGAUGCAGAUGCAGAUAAACAACCUGAGCGACUUGACACCCGAGGGCAAGGCGGGUGUCACGUGGCCGGUGGGCAUCAACCCCCCCUUCAAACCCAGAACGCGCUUUGAGGUGAUCAACUGGGAGUACUUCACGGAGGAGCACAUCUACUCCUGCGUGGACGGCUCCCCCAAGUGUGAGAUGAGGGGCGCCGACCGCGCCGACGUCAACUCUGUGCUGGAGAUCGCGGUGGAGCGCCUGAACGAGCGCUACCAGCCGCAGCUGCGCUUCCUCAAGCGGCGCCUGCUCAACGGCUACCGGCGCUUCGACCCCACACGCGGCAUGGAGUACGUGCUGGACCUGGCGCUGGAGGCGUACACCCAGAAGGGUCACAGCCAGGUCAUCGCCAAGCGGGUCAACCUGCUGCGGCCGCUGAGCGCCGUGGAGAUCAUCCCCAUGCCUUACGUGACGGAGGCCACGCGGGUGCAGGUCAUACUCCCCGUCACCGCCCAGGAUCAGGACUACGUGGGCAACUUCCUGGACAUGUACGUGGUGAACACGCUGGACACGCAUGACAACGUCCUGCUCACCUUCCUCUUCAUCUACGACCCCUUCGACGCCCAGCGGGUCAGCCAGACGGACGUGUUUGCCGGCGUCAAGGCCAUGAUCGGCGAGGUAGAGAAGCGCUACGGCGACGUGAAGAUCCCCUGGAUCAGCGUCAAGACGGAGGUGCCCUCGCAGGUGAAGCUGAUGGACAUCAUCUCCAAAAAGCACCCUGUGGACACGCUCUUCUUUCUGGCCAGCGUGUGGACGGAGGUCAACGCCGACUUCCUGAACCGCUGCCGGAUGAACGCCAUCAGCAGCUGGCAGGUCUUCUUCCCCGUCCACUUCCAGGAGUACAGCCCGGCCGUGGUCUACCGCGACCAGCAGCCCUCCGCCGCCUCCUCCUCGUCCUUCGCCUCAGAGUCGCUGCGGGACGGCCACUUCGACCGCCGCCUCUUCGACGAGGCCUGCUUCUACAACGCCGACUACAUGACCACGCGCACCAAGAUGGCGGCCGACAUCCUGGACAACGAGGAGAUGCUGGAAAGCAUGGACGUGUACGACAUAUUCGUCCGCUACUCCGGCCUGCACGUGUUCCGAGCCGUGGAACCGGCGCUGGUUCAGAAGCACGUGCGACGGGCCUGCAACCCGCGCUUCAGCGAGGACAUCUACCAUCGCUGCGUCCUCAGCAACCUGGAGGGGCUGGGGUCACGCUCCCAGCUCGCCAUGGCGCUGUUUGAGCAGGAGCAGGCCAACAGCACCUAGCUAGGACAUCCUUAACUGUUUCACUUGAAGAACCUGACAGGACUUCUACUCCACAGAACAUUCAGGGGUGAAAUAUUUACACACUUUUACACUCCAACUGAAGAUGGCGUUUAUUCCAAACCAACCAACCAAUUUCUUUUUUAUACUGUAAAUAAGUUGCUGCCUUUCUUUGUUUACGUUGGUUUGAGCAACAUGAAGGUCCAAAAAGCAGACUCUCCACCCCUGCCCGGGCCUCCUACCUCGCCAAAUGUCUACUGUGGUGAAUCGGUGGAACAAAGCUGAAUGCUUCACUUCACUCAGCCUUCCCCUUUCACAAAGGGGGUGCUGUAGCCCCCCCACCACCUGCACACCUCACCCAGAGGAGGAGCCCACAGUGAAAGGGGUCUUUUUCUGACGGGAUGGAACGCAUCACACACACACACCAUUUUCCAACAAUAAAAAGCUUUGACACUU